AUGUGGAAUCCACUGUCAUGGGUCAUGGAAGCUGCUGCUAUCAUGGCCAUUGCCAUGGCUCAUGGAGGGGGAGAAGGUUGGGAUUAUCAAGAUUUUACCGGCAUUGUUAUACUGCUACUUGUAAACUCCACAAUCAGUUUCAUAGAAGAAAACAAUGCUGGUAAUGCAGCAGCAGCACUCAUGGCAAGAUUGGCCCCAAAAGCAAAGGUACUCCGUGAUGGAAAAUGGAGCGAAGAAGAUGCAUCUGUGUUGGUUCCUGGAGAUAUAAUCAGCAUCAAGCUAGGUGACAUCAUUCCUGCCGACGCACGUCUCCUUGAAGGAGAUCCUUUGAAGAUCGAUCAGUCUGCUCUUACUGGAGAGUCACUUCCGGUUUCAAAACAUCCUGGAGAUGGAGUAUAUUCUGGUUCAACAUGCAAGCAAGGAGAAAUUGAAGCAGUAGUUAUUGCAACUGGAGUUCACACAUUCUUUGGAAAGGCGGCGCAUCUUGUGGAAAACACCACACAUGUUGGACAUUUCCAGAAGGUCCACAUACAGAAACAUAUAUCAUCUCUAUCAUCUUAUGUUAGUCAAUGUUUUCUAUGCCUUACCCUGAAAUUAAAUCUUGCCAUGAUCUUGUUACAGGUUUUGCAAUCUAUUGGGAACUUCUGCAUCUGUUCCAUUGCUAUUGGGAUGCUCAUUGAAAUCAUAGUGAUAUAUGGCCCGCAGCAAAGGAAAUACCGAGUUGGUAUCGAUAACCUCCUUGUGUUACUGAUUGGCGGAAUUCCUAUUGCAAUGCCAACUGUCCUUUCAGUUACAAUGGCUAUUGGUUCACACAAAUUGUCUCAGCAGGGUGCUAUAACAAAGAGAAUGACUGCAAUUGAAGAAAUGGCCGGAAUGGAUGUCCUAUGCAGUGAUAAAACAGGCACAUUAACACUCAACAAGCUUACAGUGGACAAGAAUCUUAUUGAGGUCUUUGCUGAUGGAGUUAAUCAGGACAUGGUUGUACUUAUGGCUGCAAGGGCAUCAAGGCUAGAGAACCAAGAUGCAAUUGAUUGUGCAAUUGUAUCUAUGUUAGCAGACCCAAAGGAGGCACGAGCUGGAAUAACUGAAAUUCACUUCCUUCCAUUCAAUCCAACAGAUAAAAGAACUGCACUUACAUACACUGAUGCUGCUGGUAAGAUGCACAGGGUUAGCAAAGGUGCACCAGAGCAGAUUCUCAACCUUGCACAUAACAAGUCAGAAAUUGCACAGAGGGUACAUGCAAUUAUAGACAAAUUUGCCGAACGUGGCCUUCGCUCACUGGCUGUUGCCCACCAGGAAGUACCUGAGGGAACCAAAGAAAGUUUAGGGGGUCCGUGGGAAUUUGUCGGCCUACUCCCUCUAUUUGAUCCUCCCCGCCACGAUAGCGCUGAAACAAUCAGAAGAGCUCUUAAUCUUGGUGUGAGUGUCAAAAUGAUCACUGGUGAUCAGCUUGCAAUUGCUAAGGAAACAGGAAGGCGUCUUGGAAUGGGUUCUAACAUGUAUCCUUCUUCGUCGCUGCUAGGAGAAAGCAAAGAUAAUUUUGCUUCUGUUCCCGUCGAUGAUCUUAUAGAGAAUGCAGAUGGUUUCGCUGGUGUCUUUCCUGGUAAGUAUAAUAGCAAUCACAGAAAAGCUCUAAUCCAAAUUAUUGUCUAUUUUCUGAUUAUAUAUGUUCCCUCAGAGCACAAAUAUGAGAUUGUGAAGAGGUUACAAGCUAGAAAGCACAUUUGUGGGAUGACUGGUGAUGGAGUGAAUGAUGCACCAGCUUUGAAGAUAGCCGACAUAGGUAUCGCUGUAGCAGAUGCCACAGACGCUGCAAGAAGUGCCUCUGACAUAGUUCUAACAGAACCUGGGUUGAGUGUGAUCAUAAGUGCUGUUUUAACUAGCCGUGCAAUUUUCCAAAGAAUGAAAAACUACACAAUAUAUGCUGUAUCUAUCACCAUCCGUAUUGUGGUUGGCUUUAUGUUACUCACAUGCAUUUGGGAAUUUAACUUUCCUCCCUUUAUGGUUCUUGUCAUAGCCAUUCUCAACGAUGGUACCAUCAUGACAAUAUCUAAAGAUAGGGUUAAGCCUUCUCCAAGUCCUGAUAGUUGGAAGCUGAGUGAGAUUUUUGCAACUGGGAUUGUCCUAGGAGGUUAUCUGGCUCUAAUGACAGUGAUAUUCUUCUGGGCAGCAUAUAAAACUCACUUUUUUCCUAACCAUUUUGAUGUGAGACAUCUCCACGGAGAUCUUCAUGGUCCACCUACUCAUGAAGAGAGUAAAAUGCUAGGAGCUGCUAUAUAUCUUCAAGUCAGUAUAAUUAGUCAAGCCUUAAUUUUUGUGACUCGCUCAAGGGGAUGGUCCUAUACAGAAAGACCCGGUGUUUUGCUUAUGAUCGCUUUUGUUAUAGCUCAACUGAUUGCAACUAUUGUAUCUGCCCUUCUCUCUUGGGAGCUAGCAGGAAUCAAAGCCAUAGGGUGGGGUUGGACGGGAAUCAUCUGGGUCUACUCUAUUAUAACUUACUUGUUUUUGGAUCCUAUAAAGUUUGCUGUUCGUUAUGCAUUAAGCGGAAGAGCUUGGAAUUUGGUGGUAGACAAACAUACUGCAUUUAUCAACAAAAAUGACUUUGGUAGAGAAGCUCGUGAAGCUCAAUGGGCUGCUGAGCAGAGAACCUUACAUGGUCUCCAGUCUGCUGACAUGAAAGUUGAGAAGCACACUUUCAGGGAAAUAAAUACACUAGCUGACGAGGCCAAGAGGCGUGCAGAAAUAGCAAGGAUGAGAGAGCUUCACACUCUGAAAGGAAGGGUGGAAACAAUGGGCAAGCUAAAGGGUUUAGAUGUGGAUGCAAUCAACAGUCAUUACACAGUAUAAGACCAAUUCAGCUCUCAAGUGGCAUCUUCUUCAUAUCCGUUGUAUUUUGUGGCUUUCUUAUGUUUCAGAUUAUGGCAUUUACUUCAAUAAUGUUUCCAUUAGAGAUUGAACAUAAUCCUAUUUCUUC